AUGACGAAUGGAAAGUUUUACCAGGAACCGGUUAACUCUACACCGGAAAAAAAUUGUGAAUGCAAUGGAGAUCCCCCCGUUGCUACCUAUUGCAGCAAUUGUGAGGAUUGUAAAUAUUUGGAUUGUGUAUGUUCAUGUUGUGUACGUCGUAAAGUAAAAAUAGUUGGUGGUGUAGUCGUAGGCAUCGGUUUACCCAUCAUUAUCUACUGCCUCGCUACGCAUCCGCUUCCGGACUUCAGGAAAUGGCACGACUACUUCUCGAAUCUAUUGGGUACCAGAAAACUUAGAUUCAUCCCCAGGUCGGAGUUGGACGCACCCAAAAUUACGCAUAUUACCGAGGAGAUGGACAUCAAUCCCUACUCCUUCUUCCCUUCCAAGGACCUUAUGUAG